CUUCUCCAGUUCUCUGUAUCUAGCUAGCUAUUCAUAUAUCUUGCUCUCAAAUUUUCUGCAUCCUAUUCUUCCAAGUACUGAAUGUUUCUCAUUUUGGUCAGCAGGCUGCUUCUCCUGGUAAUUUGCAGAAACUGAGGGGAGGGGACCGCCUUUAGUCACUUGGUGGCGCGCGCGAGCCUCGCAAGGCCCUAGCCGCACCUGCUCUUAACUCCAGCCCCACCCGCACCUCUGUGCUCUGGGAACCGCGCCCCCAGCCGUCCCUAGCAGCAGAGCACCUGGUGCUCAGGGUCCUGUUGGGCAAUGUCGUCCGCAUUUGGCCCUUGCAGGAGGCGUUGCGGGAUGCGGGCGUCCGGGACGCCAGCUUCCUCCCCGCUGCCGCUCCCCAACCCCCGCCCAUCCUCCUCUGGGCUCUGAAAACCCAAGGCUUCCCAGAACAGUUUAGGAUCAGCCGCAGGACUACAGUCAGCCGGCGGCGCGGAUUGUUCAGGAAAGGACAGCCUCCCUCGGCGCGCUCCAGCCUCCCUGGGAAGCCCAGACUCUCAGCAAGCCCCGGGCAGCUAGAGGAGCAGCGGAGCCUUGGGGUUGAGCUAGGGAAAGGCAAGGGCGUGUGAGUGUGUGUGAUAGACUGUGGGGGUGGCUGUCUCGAUCUGAGCACAGGAGAGGGCAGGGAUUGAGGCAGAACCCCUGGGUGUCCCCUGCCUGCUCCUGCUCCCCGGCGCCCUUCAUCAUGGACUUGCUCGGAGUUGGGGUGGACCACAGCAGCGGCCAGGAGCUGGCUGUCGGGCCCCGGGAUUCGGCAGGUACGCGCGCUUGGAUGGCGAGAUAGGAUGGCCGCGCAGCGCGAUCCUCGCCGUCCCCACGCAGCGGUCCCCGGGAGGUGCCGCUGACUCUAGAAGCGCACAGGGGUGUGGGCGGAGGCCGCCCAGCCGCGCCCGCACCUUCCCCAGUCCUUUCGCCGCUUCCACCCACUCGCACCUGCCGCUGCGCGGAUACCAUGUCGAAGGCGGCUGCAGGCGCGGCGCCGGCGGCGGAAAGUUGUCCCUCGGCUCCGGCCGGCGUGUCGACACCCGCGGGCGUGGAGGAUCUGUCCAAAGUGACGGACGAAGAACUGCUGCAGUGGAGCAAGGAGGAUCUGAUCCGCAGCCUGCGGCGCGCCGAAGCUGAAAAGGUGAGCGCGAUGCUGGACCACAGCAACCUCAUUCGCGAGGUCAACCGCCGCCUGCAGCUGCAUCUAGGCGAGAUCCGAGGGCUUAAGGAUAUUAACCAGAAACUCCAGGAAGACAACCAGGAACUGAGGGACCUAUGCUGUUUCCUGGACGAUGAUCGGCAGAAAGGCAAAAGGGUAUCCCGGGAGUGGCAGAGAUUGGGUCGCUAUACAGCUGGAGUGAUGCACAAGGAAGUGGCCUUAUACUUGCAGAAGUUGAAGGAGCUGGAGGUGAAGCAGGAGGAGGUCGUGAAGGAGAACAUGGAACUUAAGGAACUCUGUGUGCUGCUGGACGAGGAGAAGGGCGCGGGAUGUGCUGGCAGUCGCUGCUCCAUCGACAGCCAGGCCAGCCUGUGCCAGCUGGUGGCCUCUGCUGCCCCCUAUGUACGGGACGUGGGUGAUGGCAGCAGCACUUCCAGCACCGGCAGCACUGACAGUCCGGACCACCACAAACACCAUGCCAGUGGGGGCAGUCCUGAACAUUUACAGAAGCCCCGAAGCGAGGGCAGCCCAGAGCACAGCAAACACAGGAGCACCAGCCCUGAACAUCUACACAAACCCAGGGCUUCUGGGACCCCAGAUCAUCCCAAAGCACUGAAAGGACCCAGCCCUGAGCACCACAAACCCUUGUGCAAGGGCAGUCCGGAGCAGCAGAGGCACCCACAUCCAGGAAGCAGCCCCGAAAUGCUGCCCAAGCACAAGUUGAGUGGGAGCCCUGAACAUUUCCAGAAGCACAGGCCAGGAGGCAGCCCAGAGCAUGCCAGGCACAGUGGAGGAAGCCCUGAGCAUCUUCAGAAGCAUGCCCUGGGUGGGAGCCUGGAGCACCUCCCCAGAGCCAGGGGAACAAGCCCAGAGCAUCUCAAACAACAUUACGGGGGCAGCCCUGAUCACAAACAUGCAGGUGGCGGUGGAGGCAGCGGCGGGGGCAGCAGGGAGGGCACCCUCCGGCGGCCUGCUCAAGAGGAUUCAUCACCCCAUCACCGGAAUGUCUACAGUGGCAUGAAUGAAUCAACCCUGUCCUAUGUUAGGCAGCUGGAGGCCAGAGUCAGACAGCUGGAAGAAGAAAAUCGCAUGCUGCCCCAGGCCACCCAGAAUAGAAGUCAACCUCCAACUAGAAACAGCUCAAAUAUGGAGAAAGGCUGGGGGCCCAGAGCCCGGCGGGUCUUGCAGUGGUGGCAAGGGUGCCGAGGAAUAGGAAGAUGCCUGCCCUCUCUCCCGGGUUCUUUUAGGUUGUCAUCAGGGGCUGAUGGGAAUAACAGUUCACCCAACUCUCCAGCUAGCUUCAGUGGACAUACCACACCUUCUCAGCAGCCUGAACCUGUGGUACAUUCUCUUAAGGUCUUGGAUGUUGAGGAAACUGUAGAUCGUCAACAGGGUAAAGAGUAUGACCAUGACCUUAGUGAGACAGAAAAAGCUAUAGUCAGAGAAAUGUGCAAUGUUGUGUGGAGGAAACUUGGAGAUGCUGCAGGCUCGUGUCCUGGAAUUAGGCAACAUCUGUCAGGAAACCAGUACAAAGGGCCUAUGUGAGAAGCAGUGCCUUCAAACACGACACCGCCACUACCAGACGUAGAAGAAAGAGAAGACAAAGAUGAAAGUCCAUAUUUUACAAAAUAGGACUCAUGGCAUCACACGGAGUGAUUGUACAUUGCUCAUAUAUCCCCCUUUAAAUUCUUCAGUGUAUCUUCCCCCAUACAGCUAAUAUGCUCUAUACGUCUCAACUUUAGUGUUCAUAGCAGUCUCAAGGUAGCUUUGGAAAAUCGUUUUAGUAUUAACACUUUCAUGACAGCUGACAUGUUGUAGACUCUUCACAACCAUGAUUGCGAUAUUGGGUAAACUGCAUGGUUGAAGGAGUCCAGUAGAGCCUCUGUGGCUUUGAUAGAGGUGGUUCAUUGUAUCUAAAUGAUAGGAGCUUUUUACUGUGUGGAAGAUAUGAAGAAGUAUUUUCAAGCGUACAGCCUAGGUUAGGAAGCUCCCUCAUGUGAU